AUGGUUGAUGUUGACGACGAAGAGAAUUCCUCUGCCCUGCCCGGUGCUCGGAUCACCGAGUCGAUUCAUCGGGAGUCGUGCUGUUCCUGCUCGCGCACUUCAUCCAAACUCGCUCCGAGGGAGAACGCGGCCUCGGAGGGCGUUGGUACCGAGGAACGCAUCCACGUCUAA